AUGGCCAUCCUUCUUUGUGCGCAUGUUUAUAGUUAUACCAUUGUGGUUCUAUUGUUGUCUUCGUUAUUAGCCACUGCUGUUGAUAUUAUUACACAAUCUCAGCCACUGGUUGACGGUGGAACAACCACCUUGGUGUCUGAAAAUGGAAAGUUCGAGCUAGGUUUUUUCAGCCCAGGUAGUUCCACAAACCGAUACAUCGGAAUCUGGUUCAAGAACAUCCCAACUAGAAGGAUUGUCUGGGUUGCCAACCGUGAAAAACCAGUCAAAGGUAAUUCAGGGAAGCUGAGCAUUAACACAGAAGGAAACCUUGUGCUUCUAAGCCAGAACGAGACUGUUGUUUGGUUAGCAAAUUCAACCAAAAAAGCUUCAAGUCCAAUCGUACAACUUCUAGACUCUGGAAAUUUGGUUCUGAAGGAUGAACAAGACCAGAUCAGUCCACAAAACUACUUGUGGCAGAGUUUUGAUUAUCCUUCUGAUACUCUUUUGCCAGGAAUCAAGUUUGGAUGGGACCUUAGAACUGGUCUUAAUCGACAUUUAACGGCAUGGAAAAGUUGGGAUGAUCCUUCUCCAGGAGACUUCAGAAGUGAACUCAUGCUUCACAAUUUACCAGAAAUAGUCUUAUGGGAAGGCUCCACAGAAUAUCACAGAAGUGGCCCAUGGAAUGGUCUUGAUUUUAGUGGCACUCCUACAACGAUGGAAGAAUUAGUUCAUAAUAACUUAACAUUGGUUUCCAAUGAAGACGAGGUUUAUUUCAUAUACACUCCCGACAAUGAGUCAGAGGUUUCUAUAAGAGUUUUAAACCAAACAAAGCACGCUUUGCAGAGGCUUGUGUGGAUUGAAGAUGGAAAAACAUGGAAAUCUUUUGGUGAUCUACCAAGAGAUAAUUGUGAACUAUAUAAUCUUUGUGGUGCAUAUGGAAAUUGCAUCAUCGUUGAUACAGCUAUAUGCCAGUGCUUGAAGGGAUUCAAGCCAAAAUCACCCAAAAACUGGGAAAUGUUUGAUUGGACAGGAGGGUGUGUUCACAGUGAACUAUGGAGCUGUAAGGUGAAAGGUAAAGACAGUUUCCUUAAAUUUAGUGGCCUGAAAUUACCAGAUAUUACAAAAUCUUGGGUCAAUACAAGUAUGACACUUGAGGAGUGCAAAGCCAAAUGUUGGGAAAAUUGUUCUUGUACUGCUUAUGCUAAUUCAGAUAUCAGAAGAGGAGGUAGUGGUUGUGUCAUGUGGUUUGGUAAUCUUACUGAUAUGAAACAAAUGUCAAAUGAUGUUGAUCAAGAUUUGUAUAUUCGAAUUGCUUCUGCAGAACUAGCUAACCAUGAAGGUAAUAAUGAAUACAAGAUAAAGAUAAUUGUGAUCUCAGUUACCGUUUCUGGAGUUCUUGUGAUGCUUCUCACAUUCUAUAUUUAUAGGAGCAAAAGAAAACCUAAAGCAAAUAACGAUGAAAGCUCAGAAGAAGAUUUGGAGCUUCCUCUCUUUGACUUUACAAUAAUAGCUAAUGCUACGCAUAACUUCUCCAUUGACAAUAUGCUUGGACAAGGUGGUUUUGGACCAGUAUACAAGGGUAUAUUAAAUGAUGGACAAGAGAUUGCUAUCAAGAGACUAUCACAGAACUCUCACCAAGGAAUGGAAGAAUUCAAGAAUGAAGUUAUAUUAUGUGCCAAACUUCAACAUCGUAAUCUAGUUAAAGUUCUUGGAUGUUGCAUCCAAGGAGAGGAGAAAAUGCUGAUAUACGAGUACAUGCCUAAUAAGAGUUUGGAUUUGUUUAUUUUUGGCUCUUCUACCCAAACUACACCUCUAAAUUGGUCACAACGAUUUUACAUUAUAUGUGGGAUUGCUCGAGGUCUUUUGUAUCUUCAUCAGGAUUCAAGAUUAAGAAUUAUUCACAGAGAUCUUAAAGCAAGUAAUAUAUUACUCGACAAUGAAUUGAAUCCAAAGAUCUCCGAUUUUGGUUUGGCAAAGAUUUUUGGAAGAGAUCAAAUUGAAGAGAAUACAAAGCGAAUUGUCGGUACAUAG